AUGUCUUUGCCCACUACUGGAGUGCUAACACCCACUGCGACAGAUUUCCUUCAGGGUGUAUUCACGUUCCUGCCAAUUAGAUGUGCAAAGGCACUGUCACGUGUUGCUCGAUCGAAGAAGCUUCAUGGCGACCAGCUGUUUGACGUGAUCUGCCUGGGCAUCAUCAUAAUGGGUGUUUGGGUGUUGCGGCACGUUCGACCCAGCUGGAUUUACUUCUGGAUGAAGGACAUAACAGCUGAGUUCAUGAAGAUUCAUGCCAUAUAUUUGGCUCUUGAAAUAUCAGACAAGAUACUCUGCAACUUUGGAGUGGAUGUGCUGGAGUCUCUUUCAGGGACAUGCACCCUGUUUGUUACUGGCGAUCCCCGUGUGGGCCUGCGACACCUUCUGCCUGACAGCCUCUUGGCCUUUGUUACCAUCACCAUGCACGGCCUGGUCAUCAUGUGCCAUGGAAUGGUCUGGAGUGUUGCCAUGACGUCGUCCCAAAACACACUGGUUGCCCUCCUUAUAGCCAGCAACUUCACAGAGAUAAAGGGCACUGUGUACAAGCGCUUCGACCCCAGCAAACUCCAAGACUUGGCUUGCCAGGACAUUGUGGAGCUCUUCCACCUGAUGCUCUCGAUGCUAUUCGUGGCCGUUGAAGACAUGUGCAACUCCAACACGUCAUGGCCCAGUUCCGAAGUAGUCAAGGAAUGCACUCGCAUCAUUCUGGCGGAAAUCGUGGUGGACAUCAUCAAGCACGCAGUGCUGGGCAAAUUUAGCGACGUCCAGCCAGGCGUCUACCGCGAAUUCUUCAAAGACAUCUGUGACAGGGCGAUGCACAGCCAGAGCCACAAUGCACACAGGCACAUGGGAUUCGCCCCCCAUGGCGCAGCCAUCCUUGCAAUGCGAAUAGUCAUCUCGGUGCUGUUUAUGGGUUGGCAACCAGGCAAGUCGCUGCCCGUAUCGUCUUGGCUGGCUCGCCUUUCCGCCCUGGGACUGGCUUGGUCGGCUUUGUUUGCAUGCAAGGUGGCUCUGGGAUAUGGGAUCCGCAUUGUGGCGGUGGGAUACUCAAACCACUUCAACAGGCGGUUUGGAAGGCCGAAAACCCCCAGGGGAAUUGCUAGGACCGGCAGCAGAGCGAAAGCUGAUUGA